AAGAAAACGAGUCAAACGAAAGAAAGGGGAAAGAAAAACCAAAUAAAUUGGCAAAAUAGAUUUUAUUAUUAUAAGAUAUAAAAGUAAAUACUGGUUAUUAGAUUUUUAGUAAAUUUAAAAUCACGAAAAACAUGCUCGCCAUAAGUAAUAAUACUACUACCACAGGAAUACCCGAUAAAAACUGGCAACCACCUUUUGUACAUUUGGAAACGACUAUGGGAGAAAUCACAAUUGAAUUAUAUUGGAAACAUGCACCGAACACAUGUCGUAAUUUCGCCGAAUUAAUUCGUAGAGGUUAUUAUAAUAACACAAAAUUUCAUCGAAUCAUUCGAGAUUUUAUGAUUCAAGGAGGUGAUCCAACGGGAACUGGUAAAGGUGGAAAUUCCAUUUAUGGACAACAUUUCAAAGAUGAAAUUCAUCCUGAUUUAAAGCAUACCGGUGCUGGAAUACUUUCAAUGGCAAAUGCUGGGCCUGAUACGAAUGGAUCACAGUUUUUUAUAACUUUAGCACCCACACAAUGGUUGGAUAAUAAACAUGCUAUUUUCGGGCGAAUUUAUUCGGGGAUGCAAGUUGUUAAACGGAUUGGUUUAGUGGAAUGUGAUAAAAAUGAUAGGCCUGUAGAUGAUGUUAAAAUUCUUAGGGGUAAAAUUUUAAAAGAAUAAUUUGU